GUUCCCUACUCCCUCGCAGCUCCAUAUCUGUUAUUCACUCGAGAUCUCACCUUCUCUCGUUACAGCGCUGUAUAUCUCCUUCUUCAAGAUCAAAGACUGAUCAUCGAUGAAUGGCGAGCGCACGGUGAUCUUGUAAUCUGUAAAUACAGCACGAUCGACUCAAACAAUGGCCAUGCUGUUGGAGUUGAGCCACGAACUACUUCACUGCAUCUUCGUGGAUGUGGAACCAUGUGACAUCGCAGCAUUGAGCAGCACAUGUCGAGCAUUCCACGAUUACAUCCGCGACAAUCGACUCCUCCAUCGGGAGCUCUAUCUACGGCGUUACGAUGAAUUCGAGCACGAUAAGCGGACGAAUUGGGAGCAGCAGCUGCACGAUCGAUAUCAAAUGGAGCGCUUGCUACAAACCACAGACGCCGCAACCAAACGGGAGAAUUUAGACUUUGUAGCAACACAGGUGUCGAAGAUGAUGGAGUCUGCGCAUUGCGACUUUGAACAAUCGAAGAAUCUCCAGAUGUUAAGCACGGCUUUCAAGGAGCGGCAAGACAAUCUCAAUGUCUUCCUCUGUUCAUCUUCGUUGUUCCAUAACAAGCGCGCUGGCGACGGCACAAAUCACAUUCCCGCGGAUAAUGCGAGCACUCGGCAGGCGUCAGCAAAGUUGCAUUGUCUGUAUGGAGUGCCGAUUGACACCGCACCGCGGAGACCGAUUCACUCCCUGAUGCAGCCGGAUCUCACCAUCGGACCGUCUGGCUCGACGAGAUCGCAAGUCCUCGGUCGGCAACCCGUGACACACCCCUGGGCUCGAUCAAGAGUCUACGACCUCCGCGAAUACACCCCAUCAACGCUAUGGGGACCAUUCAAAGCCGACGGCUCGCACCAGGUCGAUUGGGAGAAAGUCGAAGCCAUCAUGAUCGCCCUCGGGCACAACAUCCGACGGUACCAAGGCCGCGAGGAUUCCCCCGUGCAUGGACUCUGGACCGAACCCUUCAGAGGUGCCUCCCCGGGUAGCUUCCACGACCCGACUCCCCCGGCAACAUCCCCCUCUGCACCAACGCCACACCAUGAGGAGGCCCUUGACGCCGAAGACGCCGAAGUGUUCAAGAUCCGCGAACUCGCCCUCAAACUCGACGCUAUGGACCCCUACGGCGUGACGGGCACGUGGAUGCGCGUGGUCUGCUUCCUCGACUACAACGACCUGUACACCUACAAUUUCAACGUCCACGGCCUCCCCGCCGACGACGAAUCCCGGGGCCCCGUCAGCACAGAUGAAGCAAUCCGACUGAUCCGCAUCAAGCUCCAAGUCGUCCGCGUCGAGCCGCCCGAUUCGGUCCUGAACGCCGACGACGAGUGGGCCCACGAUGACGACGAAAACCCCCUGCCGGAUUGGAGCAAUUUCAAGGGCGAGCGGUUACCCGUCGUGCAUUUCUGCGGCAAGAGUUGGAGUCUCCAUGCGAGUUUCGAUCCUAACGCGAAUAGUCGCAUCCGCGGAACCGUCCGACAAACCCCCGAAGGCGAGAUCCGCUGGACGACGUUUUCAAUCUUCCACGGCGAGGAACGCUGGCGCUCCGAGGGCAUCCAAGUCGGCGGGAUCCGCUCCGAGAGGGGCGUGUUGGGGAACUGGUUCGACAAGAAUUACGAUAUCCACGGUCCCGCGGGCCCGACAGCCUUCUGGAAGGAAUCGGAUAAUGUGCGCAGACGCGGAUAACGUCGUCAUGGCAAAGCGGUGUGUGAAAAGAAGAGGUGGAAUGAGAACUCGGUAUGUGUGUGCCCCUUCUUCUCAGGGGGGAGCUGGGCGAGGGUUCGCUUGGAAAUGAGAAGUUUGUGGGGAAAUGGAAGGGAAGAGAAUCUGGUUUUUCUGUGGAGGGAAUGGCGGUGGUUUCUGAGAGUGGUAAGAUAAAUUUGGAGAUGGGAGGAGAGGAAACUUUUAUUGUAAUGUUUUAUUCUGGGUCGAGGGAGGGAUUUGGGCUUGCGUUCUGAUGUAUCAAUGGCUCUUCUUCUAUCUGGCAUUUUUCUGCUUUUUCAAUUUUCUGCGUUUGGGGAAUCAGAUGCUAUGGUUCAUGGGAAGGUCUAGUUGUGUAAAUGACGCGUU